AUGCGGUGUCAGCCUGGCAGGCCAAUUGGGCAGACACCCUCUUAUGCAGAACGUCUCAAUGGCGCUUCCAGCUUUCCAGACAGGAUCCCGUCAUUCAAGACAGACGUCGACCACCUCCCCGAGUCCUUAACCAAGGAACGGCUGGCAGAGCACAACUGCGACUCCUUUAGUCGACGGGGUGGAGCCCUGCCCUAUCCAAUGGCCUCCAGAGGUUCCCAAGAUGGGAGGACGGAGCAGGAUGACUCUGGCCUGCGGCUAGAUGGGAGUAUCUGCUCGGACCUUCCCCACCGCCUUGGUGUAACGGGAGUUGUCCCGUCCCAGGCAGUUUGCCGGAAACAGAGCCGGCUUUGUGAUAAAUGGAAGGAAGGGAGCAUUGUUGAAGUCUUCUCUGCCUCCGCUGGCCAAUGGUAUGCAGCCCAAGUGGGCCAAGUGGAGCCACAAAGCGACGGCAGCGAGGACAUAGUGACAGUAGUUUUCUACAUCGGCGACCAGAUCAAGCAGAAGUCCAUUUAUAGGACCGAUGCUUCACUGGCACCUUUGGGCACGCAUACCUUCAACGAGCUCCCUCCCGGGUUUGAGACCAGACCUUCCCAGUCCAAGCCAGGGCAGCUAGUCUACUUCGACUUGACAGCGGGAAUCAAGUAUGCCUCGCUGGAGCUUGCGUGGCAUGUGCAUUUCGAGCGCCUGAAACAGCAACCCGCAGGCUGCGAAACCGUG